AUGCCUGAAGCUUCUCCAUCUUUUGGUCACUCAUCUUCUGAUGAAUAUGGUCUUAAUGCUCUAACCGAAGAGUCUACAGACAACCCAACCACUACAUUUGAGGAGAGUGUUGAUGCUUGUUCUUCGGCUGCCUCCACUUCUGGAUCUGAUAAAGAUGAGGAAGAGAUAAAAGAGAAGAAAGAGAGUCCCCUGAAGCUCCGGAAAUUUGUACUGGAUUACUUUCGGUUUUAUUCAAGUGCUGCUCAGCGCAAUAUGGAAUUUGCCCAUCAAUCUCAGUUAUCUCAGAGGAUGUUAAGGUUUCUGGUAAGAGUUUUUGUUUGAGUUUUGUUGUAUUACACUGGGUAUAUUUGAUACAAAAGUUGAUAUUUCGACUUGGUUUUUGUCGUUUCGGUCGUCCAAAUGGCUGCUAUGGGUGACUUCUCACAUAUUUGUCUUAUAUUUUGUGUAGAUGCAACCAAUUUUCUAAUAUUUUUUAUAUGACACUACAAUUUUUUUCCAAACGAUGUUUGUUUUUUGUGUUCCCUAACCAAAAAAAGUAAUUAUCUGGUUGGAUUACUUAUUACUUUUGCCUUACUUUCAGCUCUGUUCCAACCGCAUCUUCUCCACGCUCCUCGGAAGUUCCGAUAGUAUCGCUGCCGUCCCAUCUUCCUUUUAUAUCACCUCUUCCCGCUGCUAUAUUUACUUCUACAGCCAAAAUAUUUGCCUACUCGCCUGGUUAUGUUACUUGGGCGAUACUAGUGCGGACAAAGGAGUGAUAUUCGUCAGAAAAUAUUACUCUGCCAAUGACAUUUGUGUCGAUAAACAUGUCGUAAAGUUGAUUUACUUGGCCAAAAGUAAGUGCUAUUUUAAGAUUACGGUACUACGUUAUUAGAACUGGACAUCUCAUUGGAGAUAGAUUCGAAUCUUCGAACUCGAGUUGUCGACCAAUUACUGUCAGAUGCCAAGUUGAAGGUCGGAAAAUUUGGGGAGUAUGAUACAGAAUAUCUGCACUAUGGCAUAGCACCAAUGAAGAUGUUUGCAUACGAAGGGAUCCCCAGCUGUCUCUUCAUGAAGAAUGAUAUUCAAAUCGCGUCGGAAAUCCCGGGAGGAGAUGAGAAUUGGGAAUUUUUGGCGGAACAGAAGGCUAUUUUGGUCAGGGAGAGCUGUAAGUGGUUUGAAUAAGAGUGUUAGAGUAUUAACGUUUAUUUAAAAACCGUAGUUUCUUGAGUUGGAAAGUUACGCAAUUAAAAAAAAAUUUUUAUUGCUCCGUUUUGACCUCUAAAACAAUAUAAUUUCAGAUCUGGCUGAAGCUUUCCUCUAUCCUUGCAAAGAAUUGUAUCUGGACGACUCUAACUUUUUAGCCCUGCUUCAGUAUCUUCCGUGAGUUUAUCUUUAUCAUUUUGAUUAAUUUUUUUAUUACUUUAGACUCCCAGAAAUGCCAAAAUUGGAAGUCCUAAGGAUGGAAGCGAAAUUCGCAGAUAUGUUUGACAAAAAGACUUUGGAAUAUUACGAGGAGAUACUAACCGAAUUGGAGAGAGUUGCUCCAAAUUGUAAAGUUGAGGUCUGUGUGGAUACCUGCAUCAAUUGUAGAAGAUACGAAGAUCAUAUUCCGGUGUUGAAGAAGAUCGUCAAGGCUCUUCAAGACGUUUUGGAAUUGAUGAAGGCUCGUCAGAGGCUGUUUUUUAUCAGUAAUGUGAAUGUGAACAUGCCUCUCUCGGUAAGUGAAUAUUGUGUGUGUAUAAGGAUGGUGAUGAUAUUUUUUUUGAAACUUUAUAGGGUUUUAUUGAAUGAAGUUUGUGAGAAAAUACUGGAGAAAGCGAACGUUUGUCGUUUGAACAUUUAAAAUUUAUUUUUAUAAAAAUUUUCUUGACCAAACUUUGGAUCAAGUACAAUAUAAUUUAAAUUUCAGGAAAUGGGUUAUCAAUUUGAAUUCUUCGAAUCCCUGUGUGAUAUCGUGGAGUGUUCUAGUUUCUCCUUCAAUCCCCAGAGUUGGGAAUACAUCGCCUCCGUAGACGAUCCCCCUACAGUCGAUGGAGAAAGAAGGGGUCUUUUUAAUGUCGAAUGCAAAUUUAACGAUGUUACCCUCCAACUACUGGGCGAUAAGGACAUUGAAAUUGUUGAAUAG